GCUAUGAGGAUGAAAAGGAAAGGAAGUGAGUGUGACGAGUCCUCGAAAUUGACUGACAUUUUGAGAUCCAAUCAUGGGUCUCCGUCGUCCAAUUUUGAGACCCAUUAUUCGAUGGAAGAUUGUUCGAGGUUGAAGAAGAGGUGUAGAGAAAAUACUAAGAUAGACUCAGCUGGUUCCUACAAGAGUAGGGUGGCGGGUUUUGCCACUGCUCCUCCUUGUGGGACAUUGUCUCUGAUGACCGCGGGAAGAGGCCUAAAGAGGAAGAUAGGUUGCAUUGACGUGGCUACCCAGAUGGGGAGGAAGAACAAGAUUGAAGAUGAUUAUGUUACUGGGGUGAGGAUCGGGCAAGGAAAGUAUGGAUCUGUUUCGUUGUGUAGGUCUCUUGUUGGCGGCGCGGAGUAUGCGUGUAAGACUCUGAAGAAGGGGGAUGAGACUGUUUACAGGGAGGUGGAGAUAAUGCAGCACUUGUCUGGGCAUCCUGGGGUUGUGACUCUGCUGGCAGUGUAUGAGGAAGCUGAUUGCUCUCAUCUGGUGAUGGAAUUGUGCUCUGGGGGAAGACUUGUCGACCAGAUGUUUAGGGAGGGCCCUUGUUCUGAACAGCGGGCUGCUAAUAUACUUAAGGAAGUGAUGUUGGUCAUCAAGUAUUGUCAUGAUAUGGGAGUUGUGCACAGAGAUAUCAAGCCUGAGAAUAUUCUGCUUACUGCUUCGGGGGAAAUAAAGCUUGCUGAUUUUGGCCUGGCCAUGAGAAUUUCUAAGGGUCAGAACUUGACGGGUUUGGCUGGGAGCCCUGCAUAUGUUGCACCAGAAGUGUUGUUGGGUAGAUACUCAGAAAAGGCGGAUAUAUGGAGUGCUGGAGUGCUCCUGCAUGCUCUGUUGGUUGGUGUUCUUCCAUUUAAAGGGGAUUCACAAGAAGCAGUUUUUGAGGCUAUUAAGAAUUCCAAGCUAGAGUUCCAAACCGGGAUGUGGGAAUCAAUAUCUAAACCUGCACGAGAUCUUGUUGGGAGAAUGCUGACAAGGGAUAUUUCAGCAAGGAUAACAGCUGAUGAAGUACUUAGACAUCCAUGGAUAUCUUUCUACACAGAACGUACAUUGAAGAUCCUGCCCGUUGAAUCAAAGUUGAAGCACCAAAAUGGAGCUGCUUGCCACAACUUUGUUGCUGCACCUGAACCUAGGUUAGGAAGAAACAGGAUGGAUGAUGGGUUCCUUAAUGAGGUUUCAAGCCUUUCUUCAUCAUCUGAAAGUUGCAAUUCAGAAUAUCAUGAUGUUUGUGUGUGGAUUGAUGCACUUGCCAAUGCAAUUUCACAUGUAAGGAUAUCUGAACCAAAGAGGAGCAAGUUGUGGGCAGUUCCAAUUCAUCAGCAAGGUUUAUAUAACAUGAGGGCUAACCUCUGUAAAGCAUUUUGACCUACUGACAGGUUGACACCCCAUAAACCACUAUCUCUGCUGCUUUAGCUGGGGUUUUAUAGUAUACUUUGCCCAACACAUUCUACAGUUGGCAAAAGUGGAUUACAUUUUUUUCCUCUAAAUAAUGAUUACUGAGAAAACUCAGCUAGUUGUACAGAACCUGUGAAUAUGAUAUUAGU